AUGAACGAGGCUGCACCGGACACAGAGCCAGAUACAGCAUCUCACCUGCAUACAAGCUCAAAGGGCAUCAAUCUGCAGUCCUUUGCUGUGCGGCAGCUGGCUCGCGGGUUGUAUCCGGAGCGGAGGUACGAUACGGUCUUUUCGCUCGCGCCAGCCGCCAAGCCGUUCGUGAGCAUCACACUCCAAGGCCCCGGCGGCCAGCCUGCUGCCGUCGCCGCAGUAGCAUCCAAUCCACUCAGCCCCGAAACCAGCAUUUUUGCCGCCGCGGCAUCGCUCGUACACCACGUGGACCUCAGGACCGCAUCUGUCGUACAGACGUACGGCAAUAAUCGGGAGGAGGUCAAUGGGCUGUGCGUGAAUGGCCGGGGCACGCACUUGGCUGCGGGUGACGACGCCGGGGAGGCGCACGUGUACGACCUGACUGCCGGCCGUGCGUUCAAGGGCAUACGUAGCGUGCAUCGCAGCAUCUGCUCCUCCGUGGCUUUCAGAGCCCAUAAGCCCUGGGACUUGAUCACCGGCGGCUUGGACGCCACGGUCGCAAAGUACGACUUCUCGAGGCCCAAAUGUAUCGACCGGUGGGACAUGAACGCGCUCAUGGCGGCGGCAGGGCCCACCGGCAGCGGCGGCGGCCAGAUAUUCAACCCGCCGUUCGUACAUCAGGUGGCGGUGCCGCCAGCACCGGGCGACAUCAGGCCGCUGUGCCAGUGGGUGGCGGCGGCGCGCGGCGACGGUGCCGUCGUGGUGUUGGACGCUGACGUCAGCAGUGCCGCCAGCGAUGCGUCGGGGCCGACGACGCAGGUUAUGGCGGCGUCGGCGACGUCCGCAUCUGCCCGCGGCCGCAGCGGCGGCGGCCGCGUCGGCGGCGCUGGAGGAGGUGGAAAGGGCAGGUCGUCGAUGCAACCUUUGGUAUUGGAUCGGGACGCGGGGGGCCAUACAAUGCCGGUGUGCUCUGUCGCAUUUGCGCCGUACUCCGCCGCAUCCUCCGCGGCGGCGAUGGCCGUUGUCGGUGAAGGGGCGGCGGCGCCGCCGCCGCCGCCGCCAGGCUGUUGCAGACUGUACUCUGCCGCGGAGGAUUGCCGGGUCAUCCUAUGGGAUGUGGGCGCUGCGUUGGAGGCGCGGGCCGCGGGAUCACAGCUCGUUAGGCCGCAGGCGGGGGGGAUAGCAGCGGCCUGGAAAGGGAGGGAGGGGGGGGAAGCUGUGCAUUACGGAGUGGGAGCGGGUGUUGCGGUUGCUGCCUCGUCCGGGGAUGAUGACGGCACGGAGGAGGAGGAGGAGGAGAUAAAGGGAAAAGGGGAAGCGAGGGGGAAAGGAGAGGAGGGGGGCAGGGUGGCGGUGUUAGGGGAGGUACGGCAUGGCCGGAAGGUGAAUCAGUUAUGCUGCAUGGAGCUGGACGGCCAGGAGCUGGUGCCGGUGGCCGCUGUCAGCAAGUUUGUGGUUGUGUAUCGGACAACGCCCCCGCAGACCAAGGUCAAGGCAGAGGAGCUCGAUACGCCUGAUAUCGCUGUGUCUGCGACGCCGCCGCCGCUGUCGUUGGAGCCAUCGGGGCGGGAAGUGACGCCGCCGCCGCCACCCGCUGGCGGCGGCGCUGCCGUCGGCACCGCCGCCGUCGCAUUGACUCCACGCGCUGGUGGCCCUGACUCACCAGGGCCGGCGGCGCCAGCCGCCGCCAGCGGCAGCGGCGGCGCCGCCAGCGGCUUCGGCAGCACGGUCGACGGCCUGAGUCUGGUGGUCUCCUUACCCACAGAGGACGUACACCCGUACGGCUCAAUCACAGGUUGCAGCUCCCAUCCGCUCUUCGCCUCAUAUCGUAUGCCGACGUCUCCCCCCACGCUGCCACGGCUUGUCCUAGCGGCGCCGCCGGCGCCGCCGCCGGCGCAGUGGGACGAUGCUCCGGCGCCUGACGCCACAGCGCCGGCGGAGAUGCCGGGGGGAGCCAGCCCCGCGCGGACGCCACGAUUAAGUGGAGGCGUGAGCUCGCACGCCUUCCGUACGCCGCCGCCGCUGCAGCCGUUUGCGCCGCCAGGGCCUUCUGGGGCUCUGGCGGCGCCGGGGUCGUCUCCACUUCCCGGAAGCUCCCGCCGCUUCACUACUGCCUUGUCGCCCUCGUCUCGCCCCCACACCAGUCUCUCAGUUCAAGAGCUAAGCCUUCCCAGGCCGGGCAAGCAUCUUGGCUCCCGCUCACCGACCCGUGGGUCAUGGACGCCGCUCAUGAAUGUCAGCUGGGCCGGCAGCGCCAAUGGAAGCGUUAUCGGUUCCAGCGUCACUGCAGCUGGUGGCGGAGGCGAUGGCGGAGGCGGCGGAGCCCCCGCCGCCGCCGUCGCUGCCAGUACGACUGCCGCUUCUUCUUCCCCGAGCCCCAACGGGGCGGCACCAAGGUUCCAACACACAGCUACGCGGUGGGCGUCGAUGGCGUCAUCACCCGCCGCGGGUACGACAGCAGGCGGUGCGCAAUGGGGAUCUGACAGCUCGGCGCGUACGGCAGGCAUCAAGGUCACACGUGGCAUGUUGUACAGCGUCUUUCAGGAGCUCGACGAGUUCGAUUCGGGUCGUCUGACGUACUCGGCCUUCGAGCAGGCGGCCUGCAGGAUCGGCAUGCGACCCGCCCAGGCCAAGCGGCUGUUCGAGCAGUGGGUUCGCUCCAUGCACAUGGCCAUCCAGAUGGCGAUGCUGAAGCUGCAGCUCAAGCGCAGCGGCCGGGCGGUCUCCCUGGACCGCCUGGUGCAGGCCUUCGCCUUCAUGGACAGGGACGGCAACGGAGCCCUCAACGCGGAGGAGGUGGUAGAUGCGGUCAUGAAGUCAUUCGACAAGGACGGCAACGGCUGUGUGGACUACUUUGAGUUCGUGAAGUCGCUGUACCCCACCCGGGACUCGGUGUACCACCACUGA